CAUCCACGGACGCUGGUCAAGGACGGAACGAUGGCAGAUGACUUCCCGGAGGAGAACCUGAAUGAGGACGUCGCACUGUUGCGCGAUGCGUGGGUGAAUGAGCUCAACGCACCUGAGCUGCUGUCGUUCCAGACCGACUUGAUCUCUGACAUGGUCGAGCAAGUUCAAAACCAGGUUGGUCGAUGCCCUGGUCAAGGAGACACGGAACGAAGGGAGAUGAAGAGUGCACGCUAUGUAGCAAAGUUAUGUGGAUGAUAUGUCGGCUGACGUUGCGACGUUGACGGAAGAACGGUCGUUCACGAACAAGCUGUACCAGAUGGAGAUCGAUCGCAUCAAAUAUAUGCUGGCGUCAUAUCUGCGCAUUCGACUGAGGAAGAUCGAGCAGCACACGAUGCACGUCUUGAACGAAUCGCUGGACAAAAUGUCCCGAGGCGAAAUCGACUACGCUCACUCGUUCAAGGACUUGUAUGAAAGUCACUGUCGCGAUCUACUCUUGUCAAGACUCCCCAACGAACAUCAACAGCUCGACGAGCCGCACAUGAUCGACCACCCCAACCUGGACGCGUUUGUAUUUUGCCAAACUGUCGAGGACAUUGGAAACGUUCAAAUCGACGAUCGGGGCUCCGAGCAUGUGAAUGCUCGCAAGAACGACCGCCAUGUCCUUCGGUAUCGCGUCGUGAGGUCGCUUGUGGAAGAAGGCAAGGUGACGUUGCUGUAGCAAUUGCUCCCACAGCGAAACUCGACGUAAUUCGAGCGACACGUUCGCAAUGACGAAAAUGAGAAAAUAAUAAGCGGGAUGUGGGA